CCACUAUAAAGCUUUAUGACCAUGUUCAUAGUUCAGCAGCAACACCUUUUCUGGGAAGAGUGAGGUUUUAUAUUUUACAACAAAGUAUUAGAUUCCAUUUCUAAAUACUGGACUCCAAAUGCUAAGUUCUAAAAUAUUACAAGAAGAUCAUCGUUUACACCCAAGGAACUUGUUUUCCUGAGAAAAUGCCAACAACACAGAAAACAUUGAUGUUCUCGUCCAGCUUUGUCACAAGCCUUGGGUCUGUCAUCGUAAUUUGUUCGAUUCUUGCCACACAAGAAUGGAUCACCAGUACAAUUACCAUCACAGGCUCUUUUUCCAAUGGUAGUGUUAUCAUCACUUACGGUCUUUUUCGUGGUAAGAGUACUCAAGAAUUGACUCAAGGACUUCCAGAACUAGACAAAGAUUUUGAAGUUUUAGGGAUAUUGGGCAAUUCUUCCCCAAAAUCUCUGCAAUUGGUGACUAUCCUGUUCCUGGUCAUCAGUUUGAUCACUUCGCUGCUGAGUUCUGUGUUUACCUUCUACAACAGCAUCAGCAACCCCUACCAGACAUUCCUGGGCCCAACUGGUGUGUACACCUGGAAUGCAAUCACCGCAUUUUCCAUUUUCCUGACAAUGGUACUAUUUGUGGGGAACACACAGUCUAAUUAUCUCUCUGAAGAAAUUGUCCAGAGGCUUUAUCCAACAAUCACCAUCAGAGGAACAACCCACAGUUAUGGAUACUCAUUUUGGCUCAUACUGCUUGUCAUUCUUCUAAACAUAGUCACCGUGAUCAUCAUCUUUUUCUACCAGAAGGCCAGAUACCAGCAGAAGCAGGAGGAGAGAAAGCCAAUGGAAUAUGCUCCCAGGGAUGGAAUUUUAUUCUGAAUUUCAUGUUAUGUCAUUGUGGCAUUGUGUCUGUUCCAUUUCACAUCAGGUCCCUGAGCAAUAACUGAUUAGCCUCUAUGACCAUCAGUGUGGUACUUUUCAUACUCCAUGACGCUAUGCUCUUCAUAGAUACUGUCUCCUCGGUGUGUCCCCACAAGAGUGGGGGAGAUGAAUGGAAAAGAAAUGUUGCCUGUCUAGGUAGUGUUCAAAGUAGUAGAAGAUUAUGAGCCUGGGGACCCCCUCCAACUUGGUCUCAUCUGAAAUAAUAAAGGUUUGUGAUCACA